CACGUGGCGGGCGAGACGUGAAGCAGUCUAGUGAUGGCGUCUUCACGAGGCCCUUGAAGGUGGGCUCACGCCAGGGACAGGGCAGUGCCACUGUGGGUUACGGAACGUGGGAAGGGCACGACCACACCACCCAUACUCGGUGACGCCACGGCAUGUUGCCCUGGCCGCCUCCGCGGUGGGGCGCGGUUGAAGAGGAGGUGCCUGCGGUGCCAGGCCCCUUGGAGGGCAGUGACCAGGGCGAGGCCUGGAGCUCUGGAGAGGAAGCUCUGGGGGAGCCAGGAACACCCCCACAGGACAGCCCGCAGCCCCAGGCCCUCACAUCAUCCUGGACCCAGAGAGGGCAGCUACAGACAGAGGAGCUACCACCCUGCCACCACCUGGGUCUGAUCCCUGACGCUGAGCAUUCCCUGAGAUCCUCAGGUAGGACCGGGCCUGCUGCCUCUAAUCCCCACCAAGACCUCACUGCCCCUGAGCCUAUUUUAACCCCUUCGAGUGUCCCCCCAGUUCCCCUUUCCCCCCAGAUGAUCCGGGAGGUGGCUCCCUCAAGGAUGAGUCUGCUAGCGCCCUGGGACCCCAACUACCAGGCCAAAUCAGGACCCCAGCUGGUGUGGGGGGCUAGCUAUGGGUCAGGUGCCUCCUUCACAGGCCGCACACUGUGUCAUCCUUCCUUCUGGCCACUGUAUGAGGCAGCCUCCAGCAGGGGUAUCAGGCCUCGGACCUUCAUGAGCCCUGGAACAGGGCCUCAAAAUGGAGAGUGGGCAGUGCAGGAUACAGGGCUCCCGGUGAUGUGCCGAGAAGAUGUCUUUCUGUGCGACCCUUUGCUGCCCUGUGGGCAGCGUGUUCCCCUGUACCUGUCUGAGGCCCCACAGCAGGUGAUGGGUUCCCUGAAGUUGCUGCUCCCACCCCCUGUUAUGUCCCCCUGGGUUCUCCCCAGCCGUUCCCAGAGCUGCUCCACUGCCUGGCUCAGUGGGCCAGAGCUGAUCGCCCUCACUGGCCUGCUGCAGAUGAGCCAGGGGGAGCCGAGACCCAACUCUUCAUCAGCUCCUGCAGCCCCAGCUGUCCCCCCAGACCCUCCAGGCAGCAGUGGUGGCCCCAGCUGUUCUCACUGCACUGACCCCUCUCUCCCACAGACCCCAGACACCCAUUGUCCGUAGCUCUCCUGGGGCAGAGUGGACCCCUCCUCUCCCUGCUCCAGGCAGGUUCUGUUGACAAUAAAACAGUGUUUGC